CCUACCAAAUGCCAAGUUUCUUCCACUCAGAAAAACCCAAUUGAAGAUCACCAACUCCUUUCUCUCUGAUUUGAUUUUAUCUCCCAAAAGUUUUCAUCUUUUGCUUUCUUAAUUGUGUGUAGAAUACAGAAAUAACCAUGUCUCUCAUUCAUCGACUUCUUGGUGAUGAAACCUACGACCCUUUCCUUUCUAUGAUCAACAGGUGUCCUGUUCUAAGCACCCCAACAGAUUGGAAAGAGACGAAGGAUGCUCACAUGUUCAUAUCUGAUCUUCCAGGGAUGAAGAAAGAAGACGUGAAGGUGGAGGUUGAUGAAGGAAGGGUGCUUCACAUCAGUGGUGAGAGAAAAAAAUAUGUUGAUGAUGAUGACGAUGACAAGAACAACAAGUGGCAUCACGUUGAACGUUUCCAUGGCAAGUUUCAAAGAAGGUUCAAGCUUCCAGAGAAUGCUAAGGUCGAUCAAGUUAGGGCUACCAUGGAGAAUGGUGUUCUUGUUGUGACAGUCCCUAAGCAGGAGGUCAAGAAACCACAAACCAAGCUGAUUCAAAUUGAAGGAAACUAAAAGAUUUUCGUGGAAAAUUCAACACUAGACUAUGUUGUUGUUGAGUGUGAAAGAUGUGUGAAUUAUAAAAUAAAAGGGUUGCUAUGUAGCCCACAUGUUUGUGACAUUGUUCAUUGUUGUGUUUUGUACUGUGUUUGAUAUGAUCGUGUAGAGUGUUACAUAUCUAUAUAUAUGGUUUACUUCCAAAGUUAUUGGAGUUAUGAUUCUAAUUUCAAUGUUUAUUUCUUUAUAAUAAAAUGAUGUAGAUUGGUUUA